AUGAAGAAAAGCCUCAACCAAGAGGCAUGGAUAAUGGGAACAAUAGCUAUUAUGGUUUCCUUUCUGUCCUUGUUGGAUGGACGUGGAACAAGAGAUUGUAGCAGUGUGAGAGCAAUCCUUACCUCUUGCUCCAAUUUCAUAUAUAAUGGAACACCAGAUCCAAUGCCAGGAUCCCAAUGCUGCGAUGUCCUUGUGAAUCUCAAGAACAUGGCUGAAUUCACUAGCAACAAUCGGGAAUUGCUUUGCAGAUGCUUGAUGGAUCUCAUAUCUACAUAUAAUUCAAAUGCAACUGCUAUAGCUACAAUACCUGGUUUUUGUGGAGUCUCUCUAGGUUUCACUAUUGACCCUAAUACCGAUUGCAACUUGUAAUUAAAUCUCUCUUUCUCUCUCUCAUCUCUAUCACAAUUGUAACUAUUUCUUCAU